AUGCAGCUAAACAAUUUCUCUGGCAGCAUUCCUGUCGAAAUUGGGAAGUUGGUCAAGCUGGAAACGUUAUGGCUUUCAAACAAUAAUCUUUCCGGUUCAAUUCCUCAAGAAAUUGGAAUGAUGACAAAUUUGCUUCAACUGGAUUUGUCCAAUGACUCUUUGUCAGGUACAAUCCCUCCUACAAUUGGAAAUCUGAGCAAGUUAACCCAGUUUUACAGGUAUGACAACCAUCUAUAUGGAUCAAUCCCUAAUGAAUUGGGAAGACUCCGAUUUCUUCUGACGAUCCAAUUGUUGGACAAUAAUCUCUCUGGACCAAUUCCAUCUUCCAUAGGUAACUUGGUCAAUUUGGACUCUAUUCGCCUUAAUGGAAACAAACUCUCUGGAACAAUUCCUUCGACUAUUGGAAGCAUUCCACCAGAACUAAGUCAGGCAACCAAUUUACAUGUAUUUCCACUGUCUUCAAAUCACCUCACAGGAGUCAUUCCAAAAGAUUUAGGUAAUUUGACCUACUUGUUCAAACUCUCUCUCAAUAAUAACAAUCUUUCUGGGAAUGUUCCUAUACAAAUAGCAUCAUUGCAAGAUCUUGACACCUUAGAGCUUGGAGCAAAUAGUGAUCUCUCCUGCCUUGAUCAGAUGGUAAGCUUGACAUCUAUUGAUAUAUCAUACAAUCAGUUAGAGGGUUCACUUACAAACAUUCCAGCCUUCAAUAUUGCUACAAUUGAAGCAUUGAGAAAUAAUAAAGGCUUGUGUUGCAAUCUCUCUGGCUUGGAACCAUGCAUAACCUCACAAGACAGAUAUCAAAAUCAUAAGACUACGAAAGUCAUAUUGGUAUUUUUGCCUAUUGGUUUUGGGUACUUCAAUGCUAGGAUUAUCUACUCAAGAAUUGAAGCCACAGAAGAGUUUGACAAUAAACAUCUAAUUGGAGUUGGAGGACAAGGAAGUGUUUACAAAGCAAAAUUGAAAACAAAUCAAAUUGUUGUUGUGAAGAAACUCCACCCAGGACAAAGUGGACAAAUAUUUAAGGUUAAAGCUUUCUUCUUGGAAAAGGGAAGCAUAGAUAAGAUUUUGAAAGAUGAUGAACAGACAGUUGCAUUUUAUUGGAAUUGGAGGAUUUAUGCCAUUAAAGAUGUAGCAAAUGCUUUAUGCUAUAUGCAUCAUGAUUGUUCACCCCCAAUUGUUCAUCGAGAUAUAUCAAGCAAAAAUGUUCUUUUGGAUUUGGAGUAUGUGGCUCGCACUUUUGGAUAUGCUGCUCCAGAACUGGCAUUCACAAUGGAAGUAAAUGAAAAAUGCGAUGUAUAUAGUUUUGGGGUAUUAGCUCUGGAAAUACCUUUUGGAGAGCACCCUCCAGAUUUUAUAACCUCAUUGAUGGCAUCUUCAUCGACUGUGAUAGACAAAUCAAAACUUGAUAUUCCUUCAUUGAUGGGUAAGUUAGACCAACGUCUCCCUUAUCCUGCAAAUUCUGUUGUUAAGGAUAUAGUUUUGGUAGUAAGAAUAGAAAAUACUUGCUUAACUGAAAUUCCUCGAUGGCGCCCUACCAUGGAACAAGUUACCAAGGAGCUUGCAAUGUUGUUGAAGACAUCUUCAAUCUAUUAA